ACGACAAACCCAAAGCGACGGAGUCCCGCGAAAAAAAGCUGCGCCGGAACAGUAUUACGCAGCUCUGCAACUCCUCUGUAGUCGCGAGUGGCUGAGAAACGCGCUCUCAAAUGGUGAGUGCUAUUCGCGCCACUGUGGCUCGGCAAGUGCUUCCCUCAUAUAAUGUAAGCGACUAGUGAGGCGGCACUGAAGCUGUACUUAUUCUUCUAAAGUCUGAAGAGAGAGAGAGAGAGAAGAAGAAGAAGAAACCGACAGGCUUGCCAUGACGACCCCGCUCGGCUGAGCGACGAUCAACGCUCAGGACGCCACCAUGCGGGAGCGCAAACUCGUCCCGGUGCUGCUGUUGCUGCUGCCGCUGCUCAGCAGCCGGUCAGCUAUGGCUGACAUCAAGAUCGGCGGGAUCUUUGAGACAGGCGAAGACGUGCUCGAAAUGGCCUUCAGUUCGGCCGUGGACCGGAUCAACACCAUGGGCUUGGGCGAGCCCGGCGCCCAGUUCGUCACCCCUGGUUCACGCCUGCUAGCCCGCGUCGAGCACACCGAGCGCCUUGACUCCUUCCAAGCAUCGCGCAAGGUGUGCGCCUUGCUCGAGGAAGGCGUGGCCGCCGUGUUCGGUCCCCAGUCGGGCGAGGCGAGUGCCGCGGUUCGGUCGGCAUGCGCCGUGCUCGACGUGCCGCACAUGGAGACUCGCUGGGACUACCGCGUGAGGCCCGACAACCACUCGGUCAACCUGUUCCCGCACCCGGUCGCCCUGGGAAAGGCGUACCUGGACUUCAUCAAGCACAAGGACUGGCGCAACUUCGCCGUCCUCUACGAGGAGAACGACGCGCUGAUCCGGCUGCAAGAAAUCCUGAAGGACCCGCUGAUGCGUGAGCGCAAGGUCGUCGUCCGGCAGUUCGAGCCCGGCGCCGAGUACCGCAAGGUGCUCAAGGACGUCGGCAAGAGCGGCAUCAAGAACAUCGUGCUCGACGUACCCAUCGAGCACGUGCACACGGCGCUCAAACACGCCCAGCAGGUUGACAUGAUGUCCGAGUACCACAACUACUUCAUCACGUCACUGGAUGCCCACACGGUGGAUAUGGAAGACUUCCAGUAUGGCGGCACCAACAUCUCGGCCUUCCGCCUGGUCGAUACCAACGCCAAGGAGUUCGAUGAAGUGGCGCGGGACUGGAUGACGCGGCGGCUCCGCCAUGGACAGAAGGGCGAAGGCAAUUUGUACCGGACGAAAGUUGCUCUGAUGUACGACGCCGUGAGGCUGUUUGCCACGGCGCUUCGAGACCUGCAACCGAAUAACGGACCCAAGAUUCAAGUGCGGCCACUUUCGUGCGAAACCGAGGAACCGUGGUCGCAGGGAAACUCGUUCGUGAAGUACAUGCGAAUGAUUAACAUUCAAGGCCUAACUGGCAACAUCAGAUUUAAUCCCAAUGGCCACCGGACGGAUAUGAGGCUCACCGUCAUGGAAAUCACUCACAAUGGGCUCCGUGAGGCCGGCGAAUGGACAAUGCACGGCGGCAUCAACAUCACCACGAACUACUCACGGCACCUCGAAGAGGCCCGCCUGCACCUUAUGAACAAGACACUUAUAGUCACCACGCUCGUGCAACCCCCGUACACAAUGCUGAAAGAGAACCACCAGGAGCUGGAGGGCAACGCUAAGUACGAGGGCUACUGUAUCGAUUUGCUCGACGAGAUCGCCAAGCUGCCGGACAUCAACAUCAAGUACAAGAUUCGUGAGGUGGCUGACAAGGCGCAUGGCAGGCGAGACGACAAGAACGAGUGGAACGGCAUGAUCGGGGAGCUUCUGCAAGGGAAGGCAGACUUGGCCAUCGCCGACCUGACCAUCACGUACGUACGGGAGGAGGUGGUGGACUUCACGAUGCCGUUCAUGAACCUGGGCAUCAGCAUUCUCUACAAGAAAGCGGACAAGAAGCCUCCGUGGCUGUUCUCUUUCUUGGCGCCGCUCUCGCUGGAGGUGUGGAUAUACAUGUCCACCGCAUUCCUGGGCGUCUCCCUCUUUCUCUUUGUGGUGGCGCGGUUCAGCCCGUACGAGUGGGUGAACCCACACCCGUGCGACCCUAGGCCCGCCGAGCUAGAGAACCGUUUCACCAUAUGGAACACCCUGUGGUUCACCAUUGGCUGCCUGAUGCAGCAGGGAUGCGACGUGACCCCGCGUGCGCUGUCGACGCGGGUGGCGGCCGGCAUGUGGUGGUUCUUCACGCUCAUCAUGGUCUCCUCGUACACGGCCAAUUUGGCCGCCUUCCUGACCGUCGAACGACUCGUAUCUCCGAUCGAAAGCGUCGCGGACCUGGCCAAGCAGACGAGCAUCCAGUACGGGUGCCUGCAGUCGGGAUCCACCCAGGCCUUCUUUAAGGAAUCCGAGUUCCCCACCUACAAGAAGAUGUGGCACGUGAUGCAGGCCGCACGGCCCAGCGUGUUUACCGAAUCCAACUACAAGGGCAUAGAACGAGUGCGUCGCGGAAAAUACGCCUACCUGAUGGAGUCCACAUCCAUCGAGUACGCCAUCGAGAGGAACUGCGAUCUCACCCAAAUCGGCUCGCUCCUCGACAACAAGGGCUACGGCAUUGCCACGCCGCCUGGGUCCCCGUACCGCACGAUGCUGUCCCAGGCGAUCCUGCAGCUUCAGGAGAGUGGCACCCUGCACGUGCUCAAGGAGCGUUGGUGGAAGAAGCGGCACAUCGUCAAAAAGUGCCCCAAGGAGGAGGCAAGCGCGUCCAAGGGCACCUCGGCCCUGGGCCUGGCGAACGUGGGCGGCGUCUUCGUCGUCCUGUUGACCGGAUCCUGCAUCGCCUGCAUCACGGCAAUCGUCGAGUUCGUUUGGCGCUCUAGCAAGGCGCUGCCCGAGGAGAGGGAGCCCCUGUGCUCGGAACUGUGCCGCGAGCUGCGGUUCACGCUGACGUGCGGCGGGAAGAAGCCCGUGCGCACCAAGGGCGACGACCGGGGCGUGCCGCCGGGCGCCGGCAGCGGCGAGAACGGGCUGCCGUUCAUGCCCUUGACGGGCUACGGCGCUGUCGUCUCCAAGGACAGCUUCUCCUGACAGGACGAGCCCCGGGGCGCGCCCGAAGAGAAGUUCAGCACCUGCUACGGCCCUGUCCGGGAUUCCCCUAGAAGUUACCGACCCGAGGACACCGUCGGUACCGAAGUCUAGACUUCAAGCCGUAGCGGUCAUCGUUAGCACUUCGGCGUACUCUCCCUUCUAUCUCUCUCUCCUAGGGCCUGUCGCGCGCCUCGCACUUUACCUCUUCCUUUAUCCAACACUUCGACGUUGAACUUGCGCACUGUUACGUAUUGCCGCAGUAGUGUAAAGUCCUUUCGAGUUACUACGUCUGCAUCUUCAGCUGUCACUGGGAACCGAAAAGCGUAGUUUUCUUUUUGGUUGACUUUGGCGUUUUGAGUCCGGAGUCUAUUUAAGCAUACUUUAUUUUCGGAGUAAGAGAAAUAAUCUUUAUACGCCAGCUCUUACGCGAAAUUCUGCAAGCAGUUUUUCGCACAUGUUUAUAGAGCCUUAAUCGAUGUGGUAGACGCCGCGCUGGCCAGACUAUUGAUGCUGAGAGUUGCAAGCCAGGCGAUAAAGAGAUAGAGGCGUGCCUGGAAUGGGGCCAUCAAUUGCACGGUCUAGCUUUGUUCUUGCGUGUCGCGCGACGUUCUCUCCCCUUGGUUGGGUCAGACUCACUGCAUGGAGAAGCGAAUUUGCGAAGUACUGCGUAAGGCCUAUAGGUGCUGAAUAUUGAGGAUACCAUCUGCGCUGUACCAAUCGAUCAAAAACAUACGGUUUGGCUAGGGCAGAUAUACGACAAUUGACAAAGACAUUUGUUGUGACCUGUUGUGUGCUUGUUACUUCAUUUUAUGCGACUCGCAAACGGUCGUAAAAAAGUGACCUACAGAAGAGAAAUAGACGACCCUCGUUGUUCCAACGAAAUAUUUCCGCAGCUGCUUUGGGGUUAUACCUUGUUGACGAGGAAGAAGGCAUGUUUGCGAUGGAACGCCUCGUCGGAUUGGGAAAGUCACUGUUCUUUUUCUCUUUGUUUUAAUUUAUUUCUGAAAAUACUUACCCAAGCGGCAAUAGCUGUUUCCCUCAUCGCGCGUAUACCGUUACCGUAUCACAGGACGCUCAAAAUGUGACGACAGCAUGAGCGCCGCUUUCGCACAUUAAUCACACAGGCCAGGCAGGCCUGUGUGAUUAAUGUGUGAAGGCCUGUGUGUGUAUAAGGACAGGCAGAGUAAUCUCUGCCUGUCCUUAUAAACAUAAGGGCAACAAAAGGAAGAAGCUGUGCUAUUGUCUGAUCGGGGCAAAGGAAGAGCUGAUCGGUAAGAUCAGCCGUUGUUGCAUGCACCAAUGAAUGUUGCACACAAAGCCGCAGGGCAAAGCGAAUGAGUCAAUUUCAACGCGAUUGGGCUCAAUGCGCUGGUGGUGUUAAGGCAGCAAAACUGAAGUUGUUCAAGAGCCAGUGAUAAGACAUUGCCCCUUCUAUGUAUUCUUCUUCUGCAACAAAGCAACAAAUGUACGCUGGAAGAAUUUUUAGGAGUGACACGGCCAUCACCUUUAGGCUUUCGAGCCCUCUCACCUAAGAGUGUGUUCUACGAGCUGUUUUUCAGUCGCUCGGUAAUGACAAAAUCAGUUUUUAAUUUUCUCAUGCAUAUGAAAGUCAACCAUUCAACAAUGAUCUGCCAGAUUCCGAAUAUGAACACUUCAAUAAAGAUUUUGCUCAGUCAUUCACUUCAUUUAUUGCUAAUGGGUUUGUGAAAGGUCAGGCACUGAUACAAGUGCUAUUGACUGACACUCUACCAGCUGAAGGUAGUUAUAUCUAGUUUUAACAGCAAAAGGUCUAAUUCGUGCAUGGUGCGUCGGGAACAUUUAUUCUUAUUUGAACUUAAUUUACUUUCCGGCAAAGUUUUGGGGGGCGGCACGCUAGAAGACCACAGUUUAUGACAGGAAAAAAAGGUGAUAUUUCCGAAGGCUAUGCGGGUGUAACCGAAGUAUCCGUGAUAUUCAGUUACGGAAUCACGGUGACGCUGUAUUUAGCAUCACUGUCCCUGUGGGCUUCUCUGUCAUCCAUGUUGUUUUUUACGCUGUACGAGCGAACUGAAAGAUGAGUUUAGCAUCAGUCGAUAGUUGUCUUUCUUUGAGCGCAGUUCUACAAAGAGAAAGCCAUUUGACAAGAGGUCUCCGAAUGUCACAAUGGUCUCGCAAAGAACUCGAGAAACAACAUUCCUCAUCCUAUACCGCUAGGUUCGGGCUUUGAUUUAAUCAUGAAAUACGAAUAUUGGUCUUGGUUUUGAAAAUGAAAGCACUCUGACCAAAGCUCGAUACUGAACUAAACAGCACAGAAACUUUAGGUUAGACACUAAUAUGCUUCAAAAAGCAUUGAGUUCGAAAUGAUCAGAUUUAUGACCACAAUUGUUGUUGUUUGCAUAUCGUUCCUUCGUAAUCUUUUCCACGACGUGUGAAAGAAGUAAAAAUCUGAGGACAGCUCAACUGGGGCCGUCUAUUAUACACCGUACUAAAGUUGUUCGAAGGUUGUAGUUGUAGUGCGGAGCUUCACACAAAGGUGUUCGCCGUCACUCGCGAAAAUACAGAAGAUAUUUCUUAUGUUGGUUCUAGGGACUGCAUGUACUGAGUAUUUAAUUCAAAUGGUGGAAAAUUGCUUUCCGCCACUAAUUAAAAAAAUCAUUUGCUUAAAAUUUGGUAGUAAGUUUGCUUGGAUUUGUUGGCAGAGGUUUAAAGCUGCUGGAUAUGUCUUUGUACCAUCAUCGAGCUUUUUAUUGACAGCGGAAAUAUAGCUCCUUUUUUUUACGGAGGUAAUAUAUAUCUUUGACAGGAAGGAAGUAAUUCAGUGGUUUUCAGAUGUACGUAGUGCUGUUUAUCUACGAUUCUUUUCCUAUGAUGUCAUAUGAUUCCUAUAUUGUUUCUGUUACCAGCAUAUGUUUAAUGAAUGCUAAUGUGCAUUUUAUUGCCACCUUGUUCGUUUUCAUGCAUUUGCAUACAUGUCUAUGUAGACCUGUAGGUUUAUGUAGGUUCAUGGUAUUUAUGUAGUUCAUGGUGGAGCGUAAAAUGUUGUGCCAUUAUGUGGAGCAGUAACAAAACUGCUGCCUUGAAGCUUUCGGUUGUGAUUGCUGCUUGGAUGAACAUGCAUCUACUUUUUAGCAGUUUCAAUCACUGCUUAAAUGAAUGCGAAAAUGCCGAUAUGCCCCUACCAGAUAAUCCAGGGAGUUGUCAUUGGAACUAGCAAUUCUUGAAAUAUUAGGUGAGACAUCCAGAAGUAUGGCUGGCUUAAAGAACUACGUUUCUCUUCAACCAUUAUCGUAUCUAUAAAUAUGAUUCGUGUAAACGUGAAUUUCUUACGUGUCUGACUCAUCGCUCCUAAAGAACUUUGAGAGAUGGAAAAAGCGAUAGAAACAGAUAUUAAUUGGUUAUUGUGGACGUUUUGUUGUUUAUUCGCCGAUAGUUUCAUGAUGACAGACAUGCGUGACAAAUAGUGAGAACAGUUGUGUUGAGUGCACAUCGUUUACCAUAGGUGCAAAAUCUCAGAUACAAGUGAUUGUAAUGAAAAAAAAAUGUGUGCGCUGUUGCAGUGCUUGAGUUCGUAAACUUUGCACGUUGGGAAACCGACGUUGAAGGAAUAGCUCUGUUAUUUCUGAAGACCCAGUGUCUCCUUAUUUUGGAAAUCUGUGUAAACGUGUGUUUUCCUUUCUCGCAUGAAGCUACCCGUGCGUUUUCCGAAGGGAAACCGCAGUCGAGUAGAUGUCUUCAGCUGGUGUUGUGUCCGCCAUAUGAAAGGACCACAGUACGGUGCUAAGCUGUGUCUAUUUUCAAUCCAUUCCAUCAGCUUAGUGCUACCUGCGAAAAGCGGCCGAAUAUGGUGCCAGCAAAGCACCGCUGUACAUAAUUUGAAGUGUUGUGGAAAACGGGAUUACACUCACAUCUCGGCAGUUGCUUGCAGAUGUGAAUCACGGCAGUUAUUUGUGCUUGUUGAGCCAACAUCGGCUUGUAUGACCGAGUUUGCUUUCUAGUUGCGCGUAUUUCGCCGUGAAUAGAAACGAAUUUGUUAUAUAAUGCGCCGGGUUUAUCCUUCAGGUGUGGCGCGUGCACCAAAAAGCUGUGCUCAAGAGAUUCAUUGUUCGAAGGCAAUGACAGCUGGUUGUUCAGUUUUCUUUGUAUUUGAAUGUAAAUAAAGUUUUCCGUUCACUCCA